ACAGUCUGUGUACAGUGUGUUCAUUUCUCUUCCUUUCUUCUCUCUUCAGUUGCUUUCAUAAACAAACUGAAAACAGACUCCAAUCAUAACAUCAUAAUUCAAAUGCCAAACUACUUCUCAUUCUCACUGCUAUUACAAUGAGUUUACUGAGCCCAUUUUCAAUGUUAUGGCCCCAGACACAGCAUAUGUAUUCUUAUAAAAAGGGAUGGCCUCCAUUUUGGCAUUGUACCUAUUGCAGUCUUUUGUGGCUUCAAAUGGGCUCGACCCAGACCAUUUUGAACCCAAAAUUGGCCCAUUUCCAGUGGUGAUACCUUUUUGAUAGUAUCCUCAAGUCUAGGAAUAUAAAAUGCUUGUUGACCCAUAAGAUAAAAAUAACAAAGAGUUUCAUAUACUAGAAAUUACGACUGUCCAUGAUUCUAGGCGUCACACGUGUUGGAACUUGGGGGUUGCCUAGGGCAUCCAAAGAGACGUUAGCUUCCCGCCAAGGCAAAUAACAGGAGAAGUAACCGACUUCUAAAUGUUGUAACGAAUUAACAAGUAAUGAAUAUGUGCUUAUUUUCAGCCUACCAUGUCCAUUGUUUCUGUAUUUAAUCUCCCUCACCACUCUUCCACACAAUCAUCUCUCAAACAAUGGAGAUUGAAUUGGGACUCAGGGUUUCCAGACCCAGUCAUGAUGCCAUCUCCGCCAGCCUUCGCAUCACCAAAGAUGGCCCCAAUCCUCUUUUCCUGUAUAUGGAAACUGACGAGAUGUUCAUCCUCACUGCCAAUCUCAAAGGAUAUCCGAGGGAGAAACUCAAGAUUAGUAUAGACGAAGUUGGGACUCAGAUUGCUAUUAGUGGGGAGAAGGUGAUUACACAGAUGAUGACGGUGGGGUGGAUAGCGCACAAGAGAGAGGUUGAGGUCAGGAGAUUCAGAAAGGUUUUUCGGAUUCCAGACGGGGUUGUUCUAGAUGGAAUCAACGCCAGUUUCAAUGAAGAAGAAUCGGUUUUGAAGAUUUUAAUGCCUAAAUCGGUGAAAGGAAUUAGUGGGGUUAAGAUGGAGGAAGUGAAGGAAGAGGACAUUGAUGGAAGGAGCUAUGAAAGGACUCGAGUUGUGGCUGAUGAGGUUCCUGAAACAGAGAAUCCUAGAGAGACUCUGAAAGAAGAGAUAAACAAUGUAACGGCAACUGAUGAGGUUGAGGGAAGAUUGUCCCAAGCUGCUGAUACAGAGGAAGAGCCCACUCAGUUGAAUGAAGGAGAGGUGCCAUCAUCCCAAGAAACUCCAGCCAAAGCCAGAAAGGAUUCUGAUUCAGAAGCAAAAAGUAGAGCAGCGGAGGAGAAAUCAAAGGAGUGUGAACAGAGUCCAGAGGCAACUGAAUCAACAAAAGUUGAACAAGAUCAAGUGACUGAAGGAGCUCAGGUUGAAGAAUAUAAUGCCCAUGAGGAAAAUGGUGGAGUUGAAACUCAUCCAUCACAACAACAGCCGAAUGCAGAAAUUCAAGAAGCGGCCCAGGAUCAAACAGAGUCACUGAAGUCAGAUCAUCCUGAAGAAGUUGAAGGAAUGGGAAAUGAAAUUCCAGCAGAAACUGAUCGAGUAGACCCUCCUGAAGAAAAAGUUGACGACAGACAGGGCUCGUUGGCUCCUUCCAAAAAGUCUAAGCUAUGUAGUCCAUGUUUCUUUGCAGGAUCUGCCAUUGUUGUAUCAAUUAUGGUGCUUGUUAUUUGCUUAAAUCGACCUAAAAGAAGAUGAAUGAUUUCAACUUUAUUU